UUGGAGAUUGUUUCCUUUGGGAAUUUACAGCGAGCCCUGAUUCUUGGAAAGGGGUGAUUCCUCCUUGUUGCUGGAAUGCGAUUGAUACCUUUCUUGAGUGACCCAAAAACUGGUCGAAGAAGCUAUGCCUGUUCCAGACCAGCCCUCGUCUUCUGAUAAGACAAGCUCCCUCAGUCCUGUGCUGAACACAUCCAACGGUGAUGGAUCUGAAACUGAGACAACGUCUGCCAUUCUAGCAUCAGUUAAAGAACAGGAACUACAGUUUGAGAGACUGACUCGAGAGCUUGAGGCUGAGCGUCAGAUCGUAGCGAGCCAACUGGAGCGAUGUAAACUUGGAUCAGAAACUGGAAGCAUGAGCAGCAUUAGUUCAACAGAAGAGCAGUUUCACUGGCAAACACAAGAUGGUCAGAAGGAUAUAGAAGAUGAGCUCACUACAGGUCUGGAGCUGGUGGACUCCUGUAUUAGAUCACUGCAAGAAUCAGGGAUACUUGAUCCACAGGACUAUUCAGCCAGUGAAAGGCCCAGCCUCCUCUCGCAGAGUGCUCUGCAGCUCAACACCAAGCCCGAGGGCUCCUUCCAGUACUCGGCCAGCUACCACAGCAACCAGACCCUUGCCCUGGGCGAGACGGCAGCCGCCCCACUCCCAGCCCGCAGCACUCAACCCAGAGGUGCCAUCCAGAGCUACAGCCAGUCUGCUGAUCAUGUGUUCUUCUCAGAGGCCAAGGCAGCAGGCAAGAUUAAUCACUAUUGUGUUACUAUCCCAUGCUCCAAAAGCGUCUGGACAUGCUGGCACAGAAGAUCCACCUCUUCCCAGACCUCAUAUAAGUGUAGAGACAAGGGCAUCUUGUUGGAGAUUCCUGUGUACCUGAGGCCUUCUAGAUCUGGGUCUCGGGCAUCUUACAGCAGCCAGCACAGCCACCUUGGCUCCGAGUUAAGGGCAUUGCAGUCUCCAGAACAUCAUAUAGAUCCUAUUUACGAAGACAGAGUUUAUCAGAAGCCCCCUAUGAGGAGUCUCAGCCAGAGUCAGGGGGACCCUCUGCAACCAGCACACACAGGCACAUAUCGCACUAGUACAGCCCCAUCUUCCCCUGGUGUCGACUCCGUACCCUUACAGCGCACAGGCAGUCAACACGGCACACAGAACGCAACCGCGACCUUCCAGAGGGCCAGCUAUGCUGCAGGCCCAGCCUCCAAUUACGCAGACCCCUACCGACAGCUGCAGUAUUGUCCUUCUGUUGAAUCACCAUACAGCAAAUCUGGGCCAGCCAUCCCACCUGAGGGGACCUUGGCUAGGUCACCUUCCAUUGAUAGCAUUCAGAAAGAUCCCAGAGAGUUUGGAUGGCGAGAUCCAGAGCUUCCAGAAGUUAUACAGAUGUUACAGCAUCAAUUUCCGUCUGUACAGUCCAAUGCUGCAGCCUACUUACAGCACCUCUGUUUUGGAGACAAUAAAAUAAAAGCAGAGAUAAGAAGACAAGGCGGAAUACAAUUACUGGUGGACCUAUUGGACCAUCGGAUGACUGAAGUCCACCGUAGUGCCUGUGGAGCUUUGAGAAAUUUGGUAUAUGGGAAGGCAAAUGAUGACAACAAAAUAGCUCUGAAAAACUGUGGUGGUAUUCCAGCUUUAGUACGGUUACUCCGCAAGACUACAGAUUUGGAAAUCAGAGAACUGGUCACAGGAGUUCUCUGGAAUCUCUCUUCCUGUGAUGCACUGAAAAUGCCAAUCAUCCAGGAUGCCCUCGCAGUGUUGACCAAUGCAGUGAUCAUUCCUCACUCUGGAUGGGAAAACUCUCCGCUCCAGGAUGAUCAUAAAAUACAACUUCAUUCAUCACAGGUGCUGCGCAAUGCCACUGGGUGCCUAAGGAAUGUCAGCUCUGCUGGAGAGGAGGCCCGCAGAAGGAUGAGGGAGUGUGAUGGCCUGACGGAUGCAUUGCUGUACGUGAUCCAGUCUGCUCUGGGGAGCAGUGAAAUUGAUAGUAAGACCGUUGAAAACUGUGUGUGCAUUUUGAGGAACCUCUCAUACAGGCUAGCUGCAGAAACAUCUCAGGGACAGCAGAUGGGGACAGAUGAACUUGAUGGAUUACUCUGUGGUGAUGCCAAUGGAAAAGAUGCAGAGAGUUCAGGAUGCUGGGGGAAGAAGAAGAAGAAAAAGAAAUCACAAGAUCAGUGGGAUGGAGUAGGUCCUCUCCCAGACUGUGCAGAACCACCCAAAGGAAUCCAGAUGCUGUGGCACCCUUCAAUAGUCAAACCCUACCUCACACUUCUUUCUGAGUGCUCAAAUCCAGACACGCUGGAGGGGGCAGCAGGGGCACUGCAGAAUUUGGCUGCUGGGAGUUGGAAGUGGUCAGUGUAUAUCCGUGCUGCUGUCCGCAAAGAAAAAGGACUGCCAAUCCUGGUAGAACUGCUUCGAAUAGACAAUGACCGGGUGGUAUGUGCAGUUGCUACAGCUUUACGAAACAUGGCCUUAGAUGUCAGAAAUAAGGAGUUAAUAGGCAAAUAUGCCAUGAGGGAUCUGGUCCACCGACUGCCAGGCGCUAACAACAGCAACAGCUCAGCAAGCAAGGCCAUGUCUGAUGACACCGUUACUGCCAUUUGCUGCACGCUGCAUGAAGUCAUCACUAAAAACAUGGAGAAUGCCAAGGCCUUACGAGACGCAGGCGGCAUUGAGAAACUGGUUGGCAUAUCUAAGAGUAAAGGAGACAAGCAUUCGCCAAAAGUGGUGAAAGCAGCAUCUCAGGUCCUCAAUAGUAUGUGGCAGUACAGAGACCUGAGAAGUCUCUACAAGAAGGACGGAUGGUCACAGUAUCACUUUGUAGCCUCAUCUUCAACGAUAGAAAGAGAUCGGCAAAGACCAUACUCUUCAUCACGCACGCCCUCCAUCUCUCCCGUGCGCAUGUCUCCUAACAACCGCUCAGCAAGUGCCCCAGCCUCACCUCGGGAAAUGAUCAGCCUAAAAGAAAGGAAAACAGACUAUGAAUCAACUGGAACAAACGCCACUUACCAUGGAAGUAAGGGAGAACACACUUCUAGGAAAGACACCAUGACAGCUCAAAACACUGGAAUCUCAACUUUGUACAGAAAUUCUUACGGUGCACCUGCUGAAGAUAUCAAACAUAACCAGGUUUCAACACAGCCAGUUCCACAGGAGCCCAGCAGAAAAGAUUAUGAACCAUAUCAGCCGUUUCAGAAUUCAACCAGAAACUAUGAUGAGUCCUUCUUUGAGGACCAAGUGCAUCAUCGUCCACCUGCAAGUGAAUACAACAUGCACCUGGGACUAAAGUCAACUGGCAACUACGUCGACUUCUAUUCAGCUGCUCGUCCCUAUAGUGAACUUAACUAUGAAACAAGCCACUAUCCAGCCUCUCCCGACUCCUGGGUUUGAGACUUGGGCAGAUAGAAAAGCUCCAGGAACUGUGCAUGUGCAUGCAUACCACAAGACAUUUUUUUCCUGCAAAUUUAGUUUGUUAAAGCCUGUUCCAUAGGAAGGCCCAGAUAACCAGUGUGGAAAAAAUAAGAGAUUUUUUUAGAAGGCUAAAAGAAAUGAAAGCUAAACCUUGGAGUAAUUAGAAAGAAAUAUAUAUACUAUAUAUAUAUUUUACAGUGUAGGACAACUUUAGUGUUGGCCAGUAGUCUUAAGUUCAUUGCUGUGUAUUGAAUGUGGCUGAAAGAAAGAGGGAGAUUAUGACAGUGGAUGUGGGUCAAGAGUUAAGCACAAGUAACUGAGCAGCGUACAUACUUUAUGGGGAACAGCUUCUCACACUUUGUUUAAUAUCCUCAUUCAUUGUGACUCUAGGCUUCAAGUUGCAUUUGGGGUUUCCUCUGUACAGCAAGAUGUUUCUUGCCUUUUGUUAAUGCAUUGUUGUAAAGUAUUUGAUGUACAUUACAGAUAAAAAAAACAAGUGCAUUGUGUAUAUUACACCAAUGCCACAGUGUUUCUUCAUCUAUGGUUCUAAAUAUUGCUUCAAUUUCAAUUUUUGAAAGAUGUAUGAAUUUCCAGUUUUUUGUUUUUCUUUUCCCCAGUGCGUUUUAACA